CAGUUUUUAUGGCAGAGUUUUAUAGACAUAUUUUCAAACAGCAAUUUUUUUUUGUUCUGAAAUCUUAGAAAGCAAAUAUCCAGUUUUUAAAAACUGGUUUCUUAAAAGUUUUCAAGAUGAAGAGGAAAUUCGGAACAUCAGAUUCAAUAUUCUAAAAUUCAGUACUCAGAAAUUCGGAUCAUGCAGAAAGUAGGUCAGAGGUAAUCCACAGGGAAGAGUAGAUGAUCUCCGAAAAGUCAAGUAGUUAGUAGUUUUCUGGCAUGAGUGUGCGGUUCAAGAUCUACCUGAUCAUGAAUUGUCCAGAGGUAGCCUAAGUGAUUCUUAAACAUUUACUUGAAGCUGCACACCGAUCAUUGUAUGAUACCAAAGUACCGCAAGAGCGAUUUGAAAGCAUAAGGAGCCAUCUGCUUUUCUCUCUAUAGCUCUCGUGAAAUAAUGUCAUACAAUGAUUAAUCUGCACAGUGCUAACAGCCAAAACCUGGAUAUUUUAGGCAAUAUAGAAAUCCUGGCUAGGGUGCGUCCCAUAAAAAUGGCCCGUAUGGUCACCCUACAUAUAAGUAACCAAAUCUCAUGGUGCUUACAUAGAUUGAGUUCAUGUGAAGCACCUUUUACUUGGAACCAAGCUGAGACACUGCUAAUGAGACACUGAAAACACAACAAAUCAUGAGCUGCUCACUUGUGAAUGAACACAGUAUUUUUUUUAUUUUUUUUAUUUUUACAGUCGCACAGUAAUUUUCAAUUGCAGAAUGUGACUGAAAUGGUACUGUAGAGCCCUGGGUUGAUACCUAUUUUUGUAGCUUUGUCACAUUUGCUAGGCAUGUGCCUUCAUACUCACAUGUACAAAGAGUCCUUUUUGUUCGAGCACACUCCCUGCUUUAACAUGAUAUGAAAAAGAAAAGAGAGAAACUACUAAACUGUCCGAAUAAGCUUAUGCUUACAGUAUGUUAAGAAUUUAUAAAUUAUCCAUUUUUUUAAUUUUUCAUGAAUAUUUUUCAAAUUUGAAAUAACAUUUGCAAAUAUAUAAAUUUGUUAGAUGUUUUAAUUCAAAGUCAAUUGCAGUCCACUCAUUUAGCCAGUAUGUCUGUUUUCUGAAAAUCAAACAUAUUACCUUGCUGUUGUUAGUGCCAUGCUGUACCUGACAUUAAAAACUUUAGAGGUGCACUUUUAUUUUUUGUGUGAUUUGGUACAUAAACUAGAAUGAGAAUGUCCCUCUGCCUAACAAAUCAUAAAGAACAAUUGUGUGGACAAAAAUCUACUUAUAUCUGUUAAUGUUAGGUAAUCAGUAGCAUAUAGGUGGCUUAAAGCUGUGACUCUAGAUUAGAGCUUUUAACAGUUUUUUUUUUUUUUCUCAUGCUGUUCCAUAAAAAAGGCUUUAUGGAGCCUUGAACACACAGGGUUCUUCACCUUUUCCCAUCUAACCAAUCAUCAGUAUAUUGUUUUUGAACAUUGUCUGCUCACCUGUUGUCAGGUGUUGGUCUUACUGCAGAGAGAUACUUUUCUCCUCAAUACCAUACAUGAGCUCCUUCAAUCAUUGGACAUGUGUGACAAUGAUCCUGUGGCCAUUGCCAGAUGCUUUGUGAUCAAGCGUGAAUAUUUUGACAUCUACACACAAUAUUGCACCAACUACCCAAACUCUGUGGCUGCUCUAACAGACUGCAUGAGAAACAAAACUCUUGCCAAGUUCUUCAGGGAGAGGCAAGCUGCUUUAAAGCGAUCCCUGCCUCUGGGAUCUUACCUUCUCAAGCCUGUCCAGAGGAUCCUCAAAUAUCAUCUUUUACUACAGGAGAUUGCCAAGCACUUUGAUCCAGAGGAGGAGGGUUAUGAGGUGGUGGAGGAGGCCAUAUACACUAUGACUGGUGUUGCGUGGUAUAUAAACGACAUGAAGAGAAAACAUGAACAUGCAGUCCGUCUUCAGGAGGUCCAGUCUCUGCUCAUAAACUGGAAGGGACCUGAUCUGACUACAUAUGGAGAAUUGGUUCUCGAGGGCACCUUUCGUGUCCAACGUGCCAAGAAUGAACGUACGUUCUUUCUCUUUGACCGCAUGCUCCUUAUCACCAAACGCAGAGGAGAACAUUACGUCUAUAAGACCCACAUCUCGUGCUCUACACUCAUGUUGAUUGAGAGUGCCAAGGAUUCCCUGUGCUUCAGUGUCACUCAUUACAAGCAUCCCAAACAACCUCAUUCUGUGCAGGCUAAGACGGUGGAGGAAAAAAAAUUAUGGGCUCAUCACAUUAAACGGCUCAUUCUAGAGAACCAUCAGGCUGUGAUACCACAAAAGGCAAAGGAAGCAAUCUUGGAGAUGGAUUCUAUUUACAAAAAAUAUAGGUAUAGUCCAGAGAGGCUCAAAAAGUCUGUGUCAUGCCAGUCAGAGGAGUUUUCUAACUCUAGACAAGGCCGGAGACAGUCAGAACCAUCUAAAGAAAUCCUAAAGAACACUGAAGUAAUACUUAAGCAUUCUGACAGUGAGGGGGCAUUGGCUGCUGACAGGUGGCCUUUACAAGCCACUGCUAGCGAUAGCACUCUUGGUUUAUGCGACUCUUCAGCUGAGAAGCCUGUUGCGCAAGACGAAUACUCUCCUGAAGCCCUGAUUCCCAGUGAUAGUGAGGAACCCAUCUGUGCCUCACCGUCUCUAAAGGCCGGACUGAUGCAAGAGAAUGGGGAUGAAGCAGAAGGGGAGGGAAGUGACUCUGACGAUAUUCUAAUGGAGGACAACCAGGUAGCUGACUUUGCCAGUUCAAUGUUGGCUGCCAUUUCCUGCUGGCACUAUAGAGCCAGAGCUUUGCUUUCCAUGGACUUCACAAUGGAGGAAGGGGGUUGUGAGGACACUGGGGACAGUUUUAAAGGAGAAAAUGACCCAUCAGUUAAACAGCUGGAGGCAAAUCUCAAGGAUGAAAAAUAUAUCUCAGAACAGGACAAAUCACAAAACCUGGAAAUAACCUCUUGCUGGGGUUCCACUGAGAAAUUGAAGCCAGAUGUGUUUUGUGAUCCAGAGUCCAAAGAGAUGGACAAACAGGUCCCAGAUAUUCAGGAUCUGGAGUCUGCAAGAGACAAAGAUGAUCAGAAAGGUUCUAAAGAAGAGGCCUCAUCUCUGUUACAGCAGGAAGACACACCUGGUGAUUCUUCAGAGGAAGAGGAGGAUGUAGAGGAGAAACCAGACUCCAGUAGCAUCCUACCAUCAUCUGUGCUUGAUAAGGCCAGUGCCAUUGCUGAACACUUUGUGUGUAAUGCACGGCGUAGUAGCGUCAGCACAGAAGAAAUGCGCUCCCUCGGUUGCGUAUCUCCACAUCUUCCCAGCAGGACCGGGAGCACUGUAAGUCUAGGAGAUUCCCAUGAGCGCCAACAUCACCUUGCUGGCACUUGCUCUGAGUCACAUGGAGUUCCACUGACCCAGGAAGCCCUUGCAUCAGUAGACUUCACGAUCGGGUCAUCUGGGGAGGACAGUCUUUUUGACUCGGAUCGAAGCAUCUUCAAAAGAAGGGAUUCAGUGCUUUCCAGGCAGGACCAACUACUCAUUGACAAGAUUAGGAGCUACUAUGAGAAUGCAGAACACCAGGAUGCUACAUUUAGCCUAAAGCGUAGAGAGAGCCUCACUUACAUUCCAAGUGGGCUUGUUAGAAAUUCAGUUAGUCGUUUAAACAGCAUUCCUAAAGAUAAAGGGCUUGCCCAAGAGAAGACCACCAGUACAUCUGGACCUGUUAUAGCUCAUAACUCACUCACAGAAUCUCUUUUGGUAACAUCGGCUCUGUCAAAGACCAAUGCAAAUCCAGCUACCCUGGAACAACCUGUUGUCACUGCAUCCACAGAUUUCUCUAGGCAUGACAGAAAUGGAGACCUGUUUGACUCUGACAUAGAUGGUUCCAUUAAACCUCAGUCGAUAGAUGGGAGUCAUGAGGAAGAGGUUUUCCGUCCAUCCUCUGAGAUGAUCAAAGUCUGGCAAGAUAUGGAAAAAGAGGUCACUAGAUGUCAUGGGGACCUCAAAACACUGAGGCCCAGAGAAAUUCCUUAUUUUAAAGGCACCAGUCCCAGCCUCUCCAGGAAGGAUCCAAACCAGAGAAGAAAGACAGAAUCCAAAGGUAACGAUGGACUGAUUAUGUUUGAAGAAUCGGAUCUGAGCACUAUCAGAGAGGAGUCCUCUACACCAUUAGCUUUUAAGGAAAAGGAAAACCAUGCAGCCAGUGAGAAUGAUGCCAUCAGACCCAGACAAUGGGACAUUGAAGGUAGACCCCUUAGAGCUCUUGCUCCCCGAGUUAUCCAGUUAAGAGCAGAAACUAAAGAUGAGAUAGACACAGGAGCUCAGUCAGCAGAAGACGCAGAUUCAUCCCAAAACAAAGUUUUCCAUCUUGCAAGGAAAUUCAGUCAACGCAUCAAGUACACACAACCAAUGUUGAGACAGAGGAGUCAGGAGUCAGGAGAUACAUGCUUUGCCAAGAGAAACCUGCUUUCGGUGGUGGAAGAAAAGCCAGAGAAAGAGGCAAAAGUUAAAGCAGACUUGAUGCUCUUCAUGGCUCCGAAUGAUCAGCCUGAUUACGAUGGAGGUCAAAAGGCCCAGGUUAUGACUCCCAGCCCAGACCACACUUCUUAUUCUGUCAGUAGCCCAAAGGUCUUGUCCCCACACCUGUCCCACUCCAGGAGUCCUCUUAGUCCACCACCUGAGAGCUUCAACUGGCCAGACGUCCGUGAACUUUGCUCAAAAUAUGCACACCUCGGUAGCUCGUCUGCUCCACCACCAGUAGGCAAAAGUCGUUCUGUGGAGGAAAGGAUGUUUGACGGCAGUUCUAGAAGACGUUCUAGCUGCUCUUCUAGCCGCUUAGUCACCUCUAAUGGCUCCACAGACUCUUCUGUUUACAAGUUUUAUCCGGGAACUGGAGAACCAGGAGAAUUGCUAACUCGGACCCAGCGUGCGGGUUCUCUGGACCAAAAAUUGGGUAGUUUGUACUUGAGUGAUCUGCAGAGUCUUCAGAGUAAAAAUGCCAGCAGUGGCUUCUAUAUCUCCGCUCAAGCUACCCUUCCAAAUGAGAAGAAUAUAAUUGUGGUUGAGAAAGUACCUGAGGUUACACCACCAGUAGAGAUGGACCAGUCAACAAAAGAGUGCAAGAAACAGGAAAUGACAACAGAUGUAACAGAUGACAGCUACGUCCUAAUUCGUUCGCCAACAUCUCGUGAGAAGAUCUCAAUCAUGGCUGUCAUUGACCGCUGUCGGGCAUAUCAGGAGUCAGAGGAAUACCGUUUGAGGGAAGAUGGAGGAUCUAAGGCAGAACAGUUACCUAAGAUUGACAGGUGCAAAAAAACUGAGAAAGCUUCAUCCUGUAACGAACACUUAGACAAUGCUGUUAAAAAUGCACUGGAUUCUGGGGAAAAGGCUGAUUCUAGUCAACACAGUGUUGUCAAGAAUCUCAGAGAAAAAUUCCAAAAUAUAAGAUAAAAAUCACUUGUUUUAUGGUACAUCAGUUUGAAAUGUGUUUGAAAUGUUGUUGGCUGAAAUGAAAUACUUGCUUCUUUAACCACUGAAGACAAAUGUACACAGUAUGGUCAGCAUAUAUCAUGCUGUAGCCAAAUAAAUCAUCUGUCAAAUUUAAACCUCAAAACUAAUAUUCUUUACAUUUUCUAUGCUAUUUUAUGGUAUUUCGGACACUGUAUGGUCAUGUGGCCUGCUGAUAUUGAGAAACCUGUGGAUUUUAAUGGUCUAAAUGUCGGGGUGAAAGUGUAAAUGUUGUACAGUUUUUGUUGUACAUUCUUUCUGUUAUAUCAUUUACAUAUUUGAUAUAGUAGAUAUACAUGUAUGUAUUUGGUGGUCAUUUUACAUAAAUGACAUUCUUGUUUAUAAAUAUUUCAAUUUUGGGUAAGGUAUUUCAAUUAAUGUCGUAUUUGAGCCAAGGAUUUCUUUAGCAAGAGAUAAAGUCUAGUCUAUACUACAAAACAAGCCCUAGCAGAGUGAUUCGUCUAGACUCUAAAUGUUACAAACUAUUUGAAAACAAGGUUCUAUUGGUUUUAUUUUACUUUUAAUUGAAAGACAAGUUUUUUAGUAAAUAUCAUGCAUUGAAAAGAACUUGUCCCCCCUUUUUACCUAAACCUAGUCUUUGACUAAGGGAUUUAGGCAUAGAUCCCUUUUGUCCAGGAGACUAGAUCCAAAUGUUUAAAAAUGUUUUUUUUUUUUUUUUUAAGCUUACACCAAUGAUGUUACUUAAGCUUAUUUUAAGAUUUGUUGUGAUCUUCACAACAAAUCAGAUUUAACAUCAGGUUUUGAGGAAUGUCACAAUUACAAGACAAAUAUUAACCCUACAUGUUUUAGCAUCUGGAACACUGCUGGUUUAGCAACCUGUGAUAACAGAUCUCUCAUUGAUCACUGUGUGUGUCUGUUAUUUAUUAAGAUUCUGUAGAUUUCCAUAUCUGUCUGACUUAUUACAAAUGCAUCAAUAAAUACUUGUGAAAGUGAAAAUUCUCUCCAUAAUAAAACCAAAGAAAAUUCAA